AUGAAUUCUGCACGCAGGGGAUGGUGGACACCGGCCAGUGUUAUCUCGUCAGCAAACUUUUUAUUGCGUCAUGUGAUGAGAAACAAUUCUCUAACACAAGCCCGCCGGAACAUUUCUCGUCAUUACGAUUUGAGCAACGAGUUUUUCGCCUUGUUCUUGGACGAGACCAUGACCUACUCCUCCGGAAUAUUCAAGAACGAAGAUGAUGACGACUUGAAGGGAGCGCAACUCAGGAAAAUCUCAUCCCUCAUUCAAAAGGUAAUUACGCAAACGCAUACGAACAAGGGCUUGGUCUAGUGGUAAUACCACUAGUCUAGAACCUGGAGUUCUCAGGUUCGAAUCCCUUAAGUAGUACCUUAAUCACAAAAAGAGAAAUCUAUAUCACCCUUAUCAAAAAAAAUUACGCAAAAAAGCUUUUAUAUAUAUAUAUAUAGAGAGAUUAGACUGGCGUACGUCAGGUGUAUACUAUUUAAGUGCAAGUAUACAACAAUUGUUAAUAUGUUGCAGGCAAGGAUUGAAAACAGGCAAGAAGUGCUGGAAAUAGGUUGCGGGUGGGGGAGCUUUGCCAUCGAAGUGGUGAAACGAACUGGGUGCAAUUACACUGGGAUCACUUUGUCCCUACAGCAGCUUCAGUAUGCACAGGCUAAGGUCAACGAAGCUGGCCUUCAGGAUCAUAUUCAAUUGUUGCUAUGCGACUAUCGCCAACUGCCAAAAACAAAUAAGUUUGACAGAAUUGUUUCCUGUGAAAUGAUAGAACAUGUUGGGCAUGAAUACAUGGAUGAGUUCUUCGCUUCAUGCGAAUCAGUCUUGGCAAAAGACGGAUUAUUUGUUCUCCAGUUCAUAUCCAUACCUGAUGAACGGUACGAUCAAUAUCGUCAAAGUUCGGAUUUCAUCAAAGAGUAUAUCUUCCCUGGUGGCUGCUUGCCCUCUUUUACCAGAGUUAUAACAGCCAUGAAUGCUUCUUCACGGCUAUGUGUGGAGCAUGUGGAAAAUAUCGGAAGUCAUUACUUUUACACUUUAAGAUGCUGGAGGCAAAACCUGAUGAAUCAUAAGAGCAAAAUACUGGAGAUGGGAUUCGACGAGAAGUUCAUAAGGACGUGGGAAUACUAUUUUGACUACUGUGCUGCUGGUUUUAAAACCUAUACGCUUGGUGAUUAUCAGGUUGUGUUCUCUCGACCUGGAAAUAUGGUGGCACUAGGAGAGCCAUACAAGAGUUUCUCAUCGGCUUAUCAUUAAACCACCACUCCGAUGGAGGUGUUAUAGAAAGUGUAAAUGAAGACCAAUUGAUCAUGAACUAUUAUGUCAUAUAACACUUGUGACCAAAU